AUGGCCGUCAAGAAUCGCGAGCGUGCUGUCUCGGACCCUAAGCAGGCCAAUGGCAACAGCACGAUCCCUAAAACCGAUCUGAGGCGGUGGCGAUUGAAGGAUGACCGAGGACGACAAACAUGGCACUACCUGCGUACAGAUGAAGAGCUUCAAAAAUGGCCCCAGACCACAGCAGAUAAAUAUCAUUUAGGGCUUGAUACGGCAUUACCUGAUCUGCCAAAAGCGAAGACUCCUAUACAAGCAGCAGAGAACGGCCUCAAAUUUUUCACAAAUUUACAAUUAGAGCCUGGAAAUUGGGGCUGUGAAUACGGAGGACCUAUGUUCUUGCUCCCAGGCGUUGUCAUCACCCUCUACGUCACAAACAACCCCCUGUCGCAACCUGAGCAGCUCGAGAUCAUUCGAUAUGUAUUCAACAUGCAGAAUGUUGGAGAUAAGAAUGGUGGCGAUGGUGGUUGGGGACUGCAUGUUGAAGGAGAUUCAUCGGUCUUCGGUACAGCCAUGAACUACACUACUUUGCGAUUGCUUGGCGUUCCAGCAGACCAUCCACGAAUGCGUAAGGCACGGCAAUGCCUACAUGGACUGGGCGGCGCAGUCAAUGGUCCUCACUGGGCGAAGUUCUGGCUGUCUGUGCUUGGAGUCAUGGAGUGGCCCAUUGUCAACCCUGUUCCUCCAGAGCUGUGGCUACUACCAGAUUGGUUCCCGAUAUCUCCUUGGCGCUGGUGGAUCCAUAUGAGAAUGGUGUUCUUGCCGAUGAGCUUCGUCUGGUCGAAACAGUGGAUAUAUCCGAAAGCAGAUUCCGAUCCACUGAUUCGAGAGCUACGACAGGAAUUAUUCACAGCACCUCAUGAGGAAAUUGCUUGGGCGCGAUACAGAAAUGCUAUAAGCCCUGCGGAUAAUUAUCAUCCCAAGACGUGGAUACUCAACCUUGUCAAUUGGUUCCUGGUUCUCAUCUGGAUUCCUUAUAUUCGUUGGCCUGGCUUGAUCCAUAAAGCAGAACGCUGGACGUGGAAUUUGAUACGCAUGGAAGAUGAGAAUGCGGACUACGCAGAUCUGGCUCCUGUGAAUUGCCCAAUGAACAUGUUGUGCUGCUACAUCGAGGAAGGUCCGGAUGCGAAGUCUGUUCGAGGGCAUAGAGAUCGUCUCUCGGAUUACCUUUGGGUCUCUCAAGAUGGCAUGAUGUGCAAUGGCACAAAUGGCGUCCAGAACUGGGAUACGGCAUUCGCGAUCCAGGCGACCAUCGAGGCAGGACUUGCGCUGGAGCCGCAGCAUUAUGAAAUGCUGCUAAAAGGGCUAGAGUUCCUGGAAGACCAGCAGUUCAUGGAGCAUGUGACUUCGCCCGAUGCUUGCUAUCGACACCCUCGAAAGGGCGCAUGGGGCUUCAGUAACCGCACCCAAGGAUAUACAGUGUCUGACUGCACGGCUGAGGCUAUCAAGGCCAUAUUACUCCUUCAGAACAUUCCAGAUCCCAAAGAUCAAACCAGGAAGCUGUUUCCAGUGCUCAUGGCCGAUGAGCGAAUCAAAUGGGCAAUCGACAUCAUCUUGACCAUGCAGAACACAGAUGGCUCCUGCAGCUCGUAUGAACCACAGCGAGGAAGCGAGUUGCUCGAAAUGCUGAACGCCGCCGAGGUCUUCGGCCGCAUCAUGGUUGAAUAUGGCUAUCCUGAGUGUACUACUGCAUGUGUCACUGCGCUCGAGAUUUUCCGCAAGCAGUAUCCAAACUAUCGCAAGCGCGACAUCGAGCGCUUCGUCUCCCGCGCUGUGGAAUGGAUUCGAGGCAACCAGCGACCGGAUGGAUCUUGGUACGGAAGCUGGGGCAUCUGUUUCACCUACGCGGGUAUGUUCGCUCUGGAAAGUCUGAAGCUCCAAGGUGAGACAUACGAGAACAGUGAGAGGGUCAGGCGAGCGUGUCAAUUCUUCCUCAAACACCAAGAAGAAGAUGGUGGCUGGGGCGAAUCGUACAAAGCUUGUGAGACUGGUACCUGGUGCCCGCAUCCAGAUGGCUCGCAGGUUGUGCAGACAGCUUGGGCAAUAAUUGCAUUGCUCGAGGCUGGAUUCCCAGACAGGGCGCCCAUCGAGAAGGCGAUACGGCUCCUUAUGCGUAGGCAGCAACCAAACGGCGAAUGGUUGCAGGAAGGAAUCGAAGGCGUGUUCAACAAGAGUUGCAUGAUCUCAUAUCCCAACUACAAGUUUAUUUUUCCCAUUAAGGCAUUGGGCAUGUACAGCAGACGUUUCGGCGAUACAACCAUGAACGGAACGACCUGA